AGCGACCGAUAGUGAGGUGGUAGGAUUUUUUUCUCAGAACUGCAACAAAAACCUCGCCCCCUUAGUUUAUGUCCAGCCCUGACGAGGAUAAUAUCGAUAUCCUCAGCACAAUCUUGAAAGAACCCGAAGUAGAACAGAAUCGAAAUAAGCAUUCCCCCGUCUCCUCCUCUUUUCUCCUCCCCCCGGAGCAAAAAGUGAUGUCGGCGCAGCGGAGCAAGUACGACAUCAACUUCCUGCAAGUUGCGGAUGGCAAGCCCUUCCAGCUGUCCGACUUUUCCGAUCGACCAUUAGUCGUGCACUUCUACACGAUAUGCAUUGCAAAUAUGUCUGGGUCUGGAAGGAUGCGAACUUGUGAUGCGCAUUUCACAACACAGACAAAUCUCUCAUGCAUAGGCAGCAAAAGGCGCCCAUUUCCUGUCACCAAAAUGGGGGAUUUGUCAUGCGGAUUAAGCAACGCGGAAGCUUCUCGAAAUCUGUGAUGCUAGGGCUUCCAUGACAGACAUUUUGUGUCGUGCAGGAACAGCAUGACAAAAAUCUGCAUUCUUCCAGACCCAGACAUUUUUGCAUUUGAUACACGAGCUGAGGCGGGUGUUGGCCCUGCGCCAAACAGAUGGAGCGGUGGGCGUCCAGCGACAAGUACUU